AUGGCAGCGGCAAAGGGGCAGGGCAGGAGCGGAAAGGAUGGGGAGGCGGCGGGGCAGGAAAGGAGCAAUAGGAGAGCGCGCACCAACAAUCCUUCGCGAGAGGGUUAGCCAACGUGCGAGCAGAUCGGGGACGAGCAAGUUCUUGCGUACAACCACCCAACGGCAACUCCCCCCACCCACCUCUCGCGACUUGCGACGCCCGCCGCGAUGGACGCCUCACUCAAAGCUUGCAUCGAUGAGGCCCUAAAACGGCCACACUUGCCGCAGGUUACAACGAUCUUGCUCGCGCUUCAACGAGCUGAUCGUCCAGCUGUGAAGCGCAAGCCUGCUCCCAAGCGCAAAGGCAAGCGCCGCAAAGAAGAGGCAUCCACACUCGACUACAACAACGAGAGCGAUUCUGGAGAAAGCAACCUUACGGAUCUGUCUGACCUCGAGCAGUGCGCCCUGCCAACCGUCGAACCAAGUGAGCCGCGCGCGCAAACAUGA